GUUGCGGUCUGAACCAUUGGGAGGGAGACAGAGAGGGAAACUCUCACGUGUGACGUCACCCAUGUCUAUUUUUGGCCUCUAAUGCUUCUGGGCCCUGACUGCAGUGGAAGAGUGUUGAGCAUAUCUGUAUCGAAGCCCGGCCUGCCCCUGCACAAUGGAGAGCGGUAGGACUAGCUUUCGAUCCACUUUACAGUAGUUCCACUGAAUCUACCAACACAAAUAGGCCAGUUUGCAAACGAAAGGCCUGUUGCACGUUCGCACCAUGGCGCUCUCUCGCCUUUUCUCUCUAUCCAUUUGUCGCCUGCUCAGUGCAGAUGUAUCGUCUGCUCUCUGUACGAACAUCGCCUGCCCGUGACAUGUGUGUUGGUCUAGUGCGCGGGAUACUAGAAAGAAGAUUACAUUUGUGAUUUGCCGGACUAGCAUUCUCUGUCGGGAAACUGCAUCAGUUAGUUGCUGUCGCCGAGCACGGUGGAGUUUCUAGGCUCGAGUUGGAUUACUUCAAGAAACUUUGUGAGGGCAAUGUAGACAGCCACGUUUAUACCGACUCGGACCAUGUCUGACUCACACUCACAGGAUCUUAAUAGUGGUGUAUGUUUGUAACAAGGAACAGACUUUAACAUGGAGAAUACCCCUAUGUUGAAGACAUCUCGUCGACCACGAGUCCGCCGUCUGUUCAGUCGUUACCACUUCCACUGUGACGAACUGGAGCAUCUGUAUGGGAGAUACGUUUACAAGCUUCAACAAUCGGCUUUGGGAUACUUGUUGGGGCUUUUCAUACUCCUUUCGUUAUGCCUAGCGAUCCUGGAUUUCUCCUAUGCAAAAUAUGUGACUGUGGAGGCCCUGUACCUCACUGUACAGUUUGUAGUGUUCUUAGGUUUGCUGAUACUGAUUAAUACCCGCUGUAUGAAGGAGAUUCACUUCCCUGUUGUGUGCUACGUUGUGCUCCUGUUAUUAAUUUGCUUCGCAAUCUCAUCUCUGCCCCUGGAUUUUGGAUUGGAUAUACCUGAUCGUCCACGUCCUAAGAAGAACCUUGCGGACGGAGUAUGGCAGACCGUGUAUGUCAUAUUUAUGAUAUACGCAAUGAUGCCUAUAAGGUCCCUCAUCGCUAUACUUUUGGGAUUUUUGUUACCUGUGCUCCACCUGACUGUCUCUGCCCUAGUUGCCAACAGGUUCCCCUUGUUGCUAUGGCGACCGCUUGUGGCGAAUGGUGUGCUCUUUCUGAGCGUCAACAUAGCAGGGAUAUUUAUUCAUUAUCUCACACAGAGGUCUCAGAGAAAAACGUUCAUUGACACACGCAACUGUAUAGCAGCUAGAUUAGAAAUACAGGAGGAAAAUGAAAAAUUGGAAAAGCUCCUUCUCAGUGUCUUACCUCAACAUGUCGCCAUGGAGAUGAAAAAUGAUAUCACUACGCCUCAUCACGGAAUUUUUCACAAAAUCUAUAUACAACGUCAUGAUAACGUAUCAAUAUUAUUUGCUGAUAUAGUUGGGUUCACCAACCUUGCCUCUCAGUGCACAGCACAGGAACUGGUUAGAAUAUUAAAUGAGCUGUUCGGAAGAUUUGAUCAUUUAGCAAAGAACAACUACUGUCUGCGCAUCAAGAUCCUCGGAGAUUGCUACUACUGUGUGAGUGGCCUCCCCGACCCCCGGGCCGACCACGCCCACUGCUGUGUCGAGAUGGGUCUGGAUAUGAUUGAAGCUAUAGCGACGGUGUGCGAAUCUACAGAUGUCAAUUUAAAUAUGCGCGUUGGGCUCCAUACAGGGAGAGUGUUGUGUGGAGUUCUGGGCCUCAAGAAAUGGCAGUAUGACGUAUGGAGCAAUGACGUCACUCUGGCCAAUAGGAUGGAGGCUGGGGGUCUUCCAGGACGUGUCCACAUCACCCAGGCAACGCUUGACAACCUCCAUGGACAGUAUGAAGUCGAACCCGGCCAUGGUGGGGACCGGAAUUCCUACCUGAAGGAGGAGGCAAUCGAGACCUACCUCAUCAAGGCCAAGCUCCCAAGGAGGCCCGGCGUGUUUCAUCAGAAGGACUGGACUGGUUUACGGCCGAAGAAGUUGUCAUUCCGGAACGUCACCAACUGCGUCAUGCGAUUGAUGCAGUCCGUCAAGUUCAAUGCUGAAAUCCCAUUCCAGAAUGUUCUUACCCCAACACAAGACGAGAAACCAGUUCAUAAGUUCAGUGUAUUUGCCUCGAUGACAGACAAACUACGUAAACCCUUCAAGGAACGGCACUCCCACCUGCCUGAACCUCGGGACCGUGUCAACAAGUACCUGGCCCAGGCCAUCACAGCCAGAAGUGUGGAGAGGGAGAAGACCAACCACGUGAAUGUCAUUACCCUCAGAUUCCGCUGCUCGGAGACGGAACGCAGAUAUCAGACAGUUGAGGACUUUGCGUUUGGCGGCAGCCUCAUCUGUUCCCUGCUGCUGCUGCUAUCUGCUGCGGGACUCCAGGCGGUGAUACUACCCAGAACACUUUUGCUCCUGAUGCUGUUUCUUGCGUCCUUCACGUGGAUCGCCAUCGUCCUAAUGCUCAUUCUCAGUGUCAAGAUCAAGUGCACGCCUUUUGAUAUUCGGAAGUCCGCCGCCUUGAGACUGUUUAUUAUGAUAACUACCAUCGUCCUCAUCUACGCUACUGCUCAAGUUAACGUGUUCUGUUGCAAGGGUGGGAAUAUAUUUGCCUUUCUUACCAACAUCACGAUGACGUCAUCAAACGACAACCACCUGAAGUGCGAUAUGCCCCAGUACAUUUACCUGAGCUCCAUUGUGUCCUUCAUCUGUGUGUCCGUGUUCCUCAAGCUGUCCUCCUGCAUCCGCCUCGCUCUCAUGCUCAUAAUGGCGGCUUUCUACUUGGUGUUGAUGGAGUUUACACAUAAGAUUGUCUUUGACAAUUUUGAUGGCAAGGGCACGAAUUCGGGAAACUCAUUAGGCGCAACGGAGACGAUAAGAAGCGAACCCCUAAUUCCCACCCACGUGUCCGGCAUCGUGUGUCUCAUCAUCUUCAUCAUCACCUUGUUUGUCCAGGGUCGACAACAGGAGUGGACAAACAGACUAGACUUCCUGUGGAAGGCUCAGGCGACGGAGGAGAAGAUCGAGAUGACAGACCUGCAGACCAACAACCGCCAGAUCCUGUGUAACCUCCUCCCCACCCACGUCGCCGCACACUUCAUCGACAACGGCAGUAGGAGUCACAUGGAGCUGUACAGCCAGCAGUAUACUAAGGUGGGCGUCGUUUUCGCCUCUAUCCCAAACUUCUCCGACUUCUACAUCGAGCUCGAUGCCAAUAAUCAGGGUGUGGAGUGUCUCCGGGUGCUGAACGAGAUCAUCGCUGACUUCGACGAGCUACUGAAUGAGCCCCGGUUUCGAGCUAUAGACAAGAUCAAGACCAUCGGCAGCACGUACAUGACAGCCAUUGGUUUAAUGCCGGAACAUCUGAUCCAGGACAACGACGUCUCCGUGACGCAUCACAUGACGGUCCUGGCUGAAUUUGUGUUUGCGAUGAAGGAGAAGCUCAGAAACAUCAACGAGAACUCCUACAACAAUUUUGUUCUAAAAGUCGGGAUGAGCAUCGGGCCAGUGGUCGCAGGCGUGAUCGGGGCCAGGAAGCCGCAGUACGACAUCUGGGGGAACACCGUCAAUGUAGCUAGUCGUAUGGAAAGUACUGGCAGGCCAGAUUACAUACAGGUGACGGAGGAGGUGUACUCGCGACUGAAGGAGGUGUACGAGUUCAAAUGUCGCGGCAAGAUCAGCAUCAAGGGAAAAGGGGAAAUGAUCACAUACUUCCUCGUUUGCCGGAAGUCGGGGGGUUUCUUCCCAGACUACCCGUCCCCUCUUUCACCCGACAGCCCUCGGUUACCCAGACCUCCGUCACGUGAAUCACGCGAGAGUAUGUCUAUGAGAUACGGAAGUGGAAAUAAUAUCCGGGACUCCGUAAAACAGGGUUCGUUGACCUCUCAAGGGCGAGGUGGCAACGGCUAUGGUGCUAUUAGUUUAGAGCGGCAGCCAAGCUUAGAUUCGCAGAGAGGUAAUAUGCCCACUCCUCCUGGGAGUUUAAGUAAGAAUUCCAGAAGGAAGAACAGUAAUGACAGUCCCAGGAACCCACUGCGAAAGUUGAGCAAUUCCUCCGUGACAAACUGUUUGUCUGGUGACGUGAACAAUCAGGGAAGAGUGGAGUCCCCAGAGCUGCCAGCCAUACAUUACAUGAACAUCAAGAUGCAGGGCAAGACAGACAGGUCAAGAUGCAAUGUUAUACAAAAUGCAAUGUUUGAUAGUCUCAAAGAAUCGAAUAAUGAAAAUACAAUAUACAGAAACGUGCCUUCUCAUUGUACAAGUCCCACCGACUCCUCCGCAGCCACUAGUCCAGCUAGUGUUCGCAGUCAGAGUCAGAUGACGCAGACUUUCCAGGGACAGAAUUCCUCCCAGCCGAUAAGAAGAACCACCCAUGACAUGACGAGUAAGCCUCCCAGUGGGAACACCACGGCUCUUUAUGCUCGGCCCACGCCUUUAGUCUUUGCAGGGGUAGCUCCAUUUAUGAAGCAGCCUUUGAAGAUGCCUAGUCCUGACGAUUCUAUUCCCGAGGAUCCUAAUAUCAGAAAUAGUAAAGCAUUCUUACUUGAAAAGGAUAUGCCAGAGAAAGAGAUUAUACCAAUGAGCAAUAUUAUCAAAGAACUUGGUCAAGUCGUCUCCCCUUCACAUCCAAACAGACCUUUCCUGAAGAGCGUUGCUCGUCCUCCGUUUUCUGCUACUCCCAUACGACAGGACGAAGAGAAGUUUGUGACAGCAGUUUAUAGAGAGCCCAUUGAUAGGUCACACUGUUCUACGCCGUCUCAGAAAAGCAAUGCCUCUUCAGAUAGGAAUUCUACCAACGGUGAAAAGAAGUCUCCUCCCAAACCAGCGCCCAAACCAGAGAUCCGACGAUCAUCCUCUGGGUCAAGGGAGAGUAACUCUUCCGGCUCAACCCUUACGCCAACGUCUGCUCUUGUGGUAAGUGUUGAUGGUAAGACUAUGUCCAUCCUCCCUCCAAGCCCAGAAAGCCCAUCUCUUGCGUUGAGGAGAGUGCCGUCGGGGGGAGACAAGCAAAAGAUGAAUGGUGUUUUGUCUGAAGAAAACCUAGCGAGACAAUCACCCAGACUGCCAAAGGGACGAUCUGCAGUUUUUAAAAGGCCACUGACAAAUGUAUCUGACGAUGACAAAGACUCUGUUAGUUCUCGACCCAUGAGCGACAAUUCAUCUAUUGUGUUGUUACAACCGAUAGAAUUAAAACCUUCUCGACCUUCUUAUAUUCGUCAGAUUACCUUGCCAGAAGGGAAAUAUUAUGACUUAGAUAUGAAGUAUUUUGAUAUUCCCUAUCGCAGUCUGGAUAGGCAGAUUUCAAGGUCCAGUGAUACCAUCAACAGUAUACCAAGAUGUCCUCCUACACCAAAGUUUCCAGUCCCUUCAGCAUCUUCAUCUCUCACUCAACUGCUGCAGGAGCUCACUGGAGAACCACACUGUCAAUGUGACGGAUUGCCCUCCCUCAGACCCCGAUUGAGUAGCCCCAGGGCGGGGCGUUCUCCCAGAGAGGUCAGUAAAUCCAGUCGAAUUCCCAGACCAAAAGCUGCAAACCAAAACGGUCCGACCAAACCAGAUAGUGAUGAUCCUAAACAAAACGAUUCUUCAAAAACUAUUCCAGCUCAGCAUAACCGUCUGUCCAUUAACCCUUUCCAAGUGAAACGUCGUCAAGCCCACACCAUGCCACCACGGCACUGUCGAAGUCUGGACUAUAUCCCCAGCGAUCGGGAGGAUUACGCUUCAGCUAUGUCAUCCAAUGCUUCAUCAACGUGUGGAAGUCCUAAAAUCAAGCAUUCAUAUUUGAUCCCACUGAUAUUCGGGAAACAGCCCACAACCUUGGACAACAUCAGCGUAUCCUCUCUCGCCAGCAGCAGUGAAAUGUCAAAGAGUGACCCUGCUGUGAACUUUGACUCGGGGUCAGCGGCGUAUGAAUCUGAGUAUGAUAAUUAUAGGCCGGGAAUGGCUAGUGACGAGGACUACUUUGCUCCUGACGCUGUAAGCGAUGUAGAUAUUGAUAUGUUUGAUGACAUCAACAUUGACAAUGUUACUGUGAGCGAUUCCUACAGCCUUGAAAUGCCCCUUCGCCGCCUACAAAAGAAAGUAACUGAUGUAUGAUAACAGACACGCUAACCUACCCCUCUGUCGCUAUCUCUUGUGUUAUCUAAUAUUCUAUGACCUUGUAGGGAAGAAUGUGUCAAAUGAUCAUCAAGCGAUGACGAUGUCUCUGUAAUGUUUGGUGCUGCCAGAUAGAUACAUGAAACGUCAAUAAAGAUUGAUGACAAAGAACACCAAUGAGAUUAACUUUUGUGGUGCUGCUUAUGCCUAUUAUUUUACCUUAUGAUGUUGAACCAGUUUUUUCGAAAUGCUGCUGAUGAUGUUUCCAACGUUGAUGAUCAACGAUAUUGCUGCUAUGUCUCUGAUUGUUUUGGAAUUACCAUUUGGUCCUUUUGGAGAACGAGAGUCAACACAAAACUACAGAUCACAUCUGACAGACACCUUGCCACUGAAGGACUUCAAACUUGAAUGAGCAUUUGUCGAUUACUGUUAUUUCCACGUUAGAUCGGGCUCCAGUCAUGUGACUCUGAUAUCAUAGAAAGAUCAGACAUAACAAGCCAGUAUUGUUAAGGUUUCAGAUGGUUCAGGAUUUGAAGUGAUCUGGAGGUUGCAGGUAUAUAAUGUAUUUCAGUGGGGAAAUUCCUGCCGGUCGGAAGUGACGUUGAGAUGAUGGCCUGCCCAUUGUGACGACACCAGACGGUCAUUCAGGAUAAUGACAAGUUCAACCUGAAGUCAACCGGAUAUUCGUGUGUUGUGUCUAUCAACUGACUGAUAUUGUCGGAGCACCUGUGAUUGUGUACAUGAUUCUCAUGUUUGGAAAGGCCAUUUAAUAUUUGAUUGGUAAGCGAUUAAUAAAGUCAUUUUGGAACGUCAUGUACUUGUGACCAGCGAGGAGUUUAUGUGUCUAAACAUAGUACUUGGUCAAUCCUGGAAUGUCUCCUAUAAAUGUUAUCCGCUGGUUAUAUAUGAUAUAAGCUAUUAUAAUAGCCUCUGUGGAUGAUUGACCUGUUUGGUACUACUUUGUCACGUUCUAGUUCUUGUAUAACUUACUCAACCACAGUACUCAGUGGUUAUUGUCAUUUUGUAUUAAGUACUACGAUUUGGGGUACAAAAUGAAAACAAUUAUUUCCGAGUUCUACCAGGAACAAACUCGGAUGAAAGGGACCCGUGUUGUAAUCAUAGAGUGUAUGUAAGCCAUACGAACGGCGUAUUUGGAAGAGAAAUAUGUUUAAGAUAUCACAUCAUUGUGUAAUCGCAUGUUACAGCAUUAAUACUUCAAAACCACCUGUGUGUCAGCAUUAUACCAGGGCUCUUGAGCUCCGCCAAACUGGUAAACAUCAGCGAUCCCCGCUCCUUCCGCUUUCAGCUGACACGCCGGUAUAAAACUGAAUUGUGUCCCUUGGACGUUCAAGAGUCCGAUGGUCGAGUAUGGAUCCCAUAUUUGCCCUAUUUUGUAUCCUUGCAUGGCUUGUCAGCGUAAAUACUCGUUCUCCUGAGCUUAACCAAAAAGGUAAACGUGUAAGACCUUAUGGUAGUAUGCCCACCCACACGUAUCCCACGCCAAGGCAUGCCAAUAUCCAUCUGUUUCACUUUGAUCCCAACCAUUUCCUUGACACUUGAUGUUUUGAAUCCACAGACUUAGGAGAGAUGUGUUGCUACUGCAUGUAUGUACACAACCUUUACGCUGUCUUUGCUUAAGGACUUAUGUUGUUUGAGAUCUAUUUCCAACAUUGUGCGACCGAGACACCUUCUUGGGUAACUUAUGGACAGUUAAAGGUGAGACUUCUUGUGUAGCAGGGGUUUGUUUAGACCUAAAAGGACGUGAUGAUAAGGCUGAGUGGGAAUCACUUCCAUGUUCAUGUGCAUAAUAUACUGGUCUUAUGACGUGAUGUUCGUGAUGUCGUGAACACUUAAUGUCUACAUGCGUAUUUAUACUUAUUUAUGUGUAUGUUACUAUUAAACCAUGAUCCAUGAAAGGUCAAGAUUGCGAAUAUGCUUGUAAAUACCAUUUGUUGUCUGACCAGAUGCUCUUAUAUUUAUUUCAUGAUUUCGUGAACUUAACUAUAUAUGUGUUUGAGAACAAUCAUUCGUGAUCUAAAUUUGUCGGCUCUUUCUUGGAGAACAAGGAUUUGUAGAACUUUCGGAUGAUUUUGUCUGAUUGCGAUACCUGACGAUUUUCUUUUUGUUGAACAUCGAGGGAUAACUAUGUAUUGUUUAUUAUUUAGUCACUGACAAUGUUCACACGUGUCAAAAUAUAUCAGACCAUGUUGAGAUGUUUUGAAUUGUCAGAUGUUAAAACCUAAAACAAACAGGUGCAUAUAUAUGUGGCCGUAUUGGGCGGACUAUAUUGUUGACCAUGUCGGUAUGUAGACUAUGUGAAUGUAGCCCUGACCCGAAUAGAGUGUAUGCUUUGUAAUAGAUACCAGGAGUACUACAGAACUUCCUGUACACAUACAGCUGACCUUCAUAGACACAUUUAGGAAAUACACAAAAACUGCAUUUAAAUAUCUGUACUGACAAAUGUGUAUUGAACGUAAAGCAGUGAACGUUUUUCGUCUUCAGAAUUAUUUCAUUGAAUGUAGGAUCGCCGUGUGUAUUUUCGGAGUUAGAGAAUCUUCGGAUAUGUCCGGCUUUUCCCUCAUGCUGGGGAAAGUCGAGUAUGUGCGAGGCAAACUGACUGAAAGCAUGCGUUCUCUUUUCGGGACAGGACGAUAUCGUGAAUGUAAAUACAGUUGUUGAAGCCCAGCACGUUAUGACUCGCGGAUCUAUAUAUGCAAGUUUGGAUUGGAUCCCGUGUUUGAGAAACAAUCAUCCUUUGAUUAAUCAUACCGCAAUCGUUAGCAGUUGGUUGCUUCCCUGAUGUCGGAUGUUAUCGGUAUUUGACGGAGAUUACCGAAGGUAUUUCAUGCAUUUUUGUACGAAAUAAAAUCACAUUUGUCAA